ACUAGGGGAGAAGUGAUUGAAUGUGAAGUGUCAGGAGAUUGCUGCUUGUCCUUAAAACCCCAGGUCCGGCCGUGGGCUGCGGACGCCGGUGUGCGUUGGGGAGACCUGCGACUGCCAGGGCCGCACCCCCUCCCGCAGGACCUUGGCUGGCCUCGCGCGUUUCCUGCCUGUUUCCUGUCCAGCAGCUGGCGAGCUGGGGGCGGGCAGGAAAGGAUGCGCUGCCCAGAAGGGGCGGGAGCCGACCACACCCGGUCCCGAAUGCCCCCCGCCCUCCCGGUGCCCGCCCUCCCCACGCCGUCGGAGGCGGGCCCGGGCGGGGCAGUGGGAGCCGAGCGCCGCGGGGUCCGGGCGCGCAUUCCGAGACGCGAGAUGCUGGGCGCGCUGCCUCGCGGCCACUGAGGCCUCCCGUCUGCCUCGCCACUCGCCCGGCCAGCCUGGGGUCGCUGCCUGCCAGUCCUGAAAGGUGUUUUGGGGGAAAAAAAUCACAAUUUGGACGUGAGAAAGGACAUGAGGAGACUAAAGACCUGGGAUUUUGCUGAUCAGAAUGAAACCAAUGUUGAAAGACUUUUCAAAUCUAUUGUUGAUGGUGCUCUGUGACUAUGUUCUUGGAGAAGCUGAAUAUCUUCUCUUGAGAGAGUCAGGCCAUGUAGCACUAAGCAAUGACACCGUGUAUGUGGAUUUCCAGUAUUUUGAUGGUGCUAAUGGGACGCUGAGGAAUGUAUCUGUCCUGCUGUUGGAGGCCAACACCAAUCAGACCAUAACUACUAAGUACUUCCUGACCAAUCAGUCCCAGGGAACACUCAAGUUUGAAUGCUUUUACUUCAAGGAGGCUGGUGACUACCAGUUCACAAUGAGUCCAGAAGCAACAGACAACAGCACUCCAUUCCCCUGGUGGGAGAAAAGUGCCUUUCUGAAGGUGGAAUGGCCUGUGUUUCAUAUUGACUUGAACAGGAGCUCCAAGGCAGCAGAAGGCACCUUCCAAGUGGGCCUAUUUACCAGUCAACCACUGUGCCCAUUUCUUGUGGACAAGCCUGACAUCAUAGUGGAUGUCAUCUUCACCAACAGUCUUCCUGAAUCAAGGAGAAAUUCAGGACAGCUGCUGGAAAUAAGAACCAGCAAAAGGACAGAACUUGCUCAAGGUCAGUGGGUUGAGUUUGGCUGUGCACCUGUGGGGACGGAAGCGUAUGUUACCGUGGUGCUGAAGCUGCUUGGGCGAGACUCGGUCAUUACCUCCACAGGACCCAUUGACCUGGCCCGGAAAUUUGGAUACAAACUGAUGAUGGCACCAGAACUCACAUGCGAGUCCGGGGUGGAGGUGAUGGUGCUGCCUCCACCAUGCACCUUCGUGCAAGGAGUGGUCACUGUCUUCAAGGAGGCCCCCAGAUCCCCUGGGAAGAGGACCAUUCAUUUGGCUGAAAACAGCCUGCCCCUGGGAGAGAGACGGACCAUUUUUAACUGCACUUUGUUUGACAUGGGGAGGAAUAAGUACUGCUUUGACUUUGGCAUUUCGAGCAGAAGCCACUUUUCUACAAAGGAGAAGGAGUGCAUGCUAAUUCAGAGAAAUAUAGCUUUCCAGCCAUCCAGCCCAUCUCCUCUUCAGCCCCAGGGUCCAGCAAAGUCCAACAACAUCGUGACUGUCACUGGCAUAUCCCUGUGCCUGUUCAUCAUCAUUGCCACCGUGCUCAUCACGCUGUGGAGGAGGUUCGGCCGCCCCCCCAAGUGCAGCACCCCUGCUCGACACAACUCCCUCCACUCCCCCAGCUUCCGGAAGAACUCGGACGAGGAGAACAUAUGCGAGCUGAGCGAGCAGCGCGGGAGCUUCUCGGAUGGAGGAGACGGGCCCCCGGGGAGUCCGGGGGACACAGGCAUCCCUCUGACCUACAGGCGGAGCGGGCCGGUGCCUCCCGAGGACGAUGCCUCUGGCAGCGAGAGCUUCCAGUCCAACGCCCAGAAGAUAAUCCCCCCUCUGUUCAGCUACCGCCUCGCCCAGCAGCAGCUAAAAGAGAUGAAAAAGAAAGGUCUGACGGAAACCACUAAAGUGUACCACGUGUCUCAGAGUCCACUGACAGACACUGCCGUUGACGCGGCCGCCAGCGCCCCCUUAGACUUGGAAUGCCUAGAAGAAGCUGCAGCAAACAAGUUCCGGAUCAAAUCCCCAUUUCUGGAGCAGCCUGCGGUCAGCGCUGGGGAAAGGCCUCCCUCCAGGCCGGAUCUAAGUGUGACGCAGGCCAGCUGUGCCAUAAGCCCCAGCCAGACUCUGAUCCGCAAGUCACAGGCGAGGCACGUGGGCAGCAGAGGGGGCCAUUCCGAGAGGAGCCAUGCCAGGAACGCGCAUUUCAGGAGGACAGCGAGUUUCCAUGAAGCCAGGCAGGCCCGGCCGUUCCGAGAGAGGAGCAUGUCCACUCUGACUCCGCGGCAGGUGCCCGCCUACAGCUCUAGGACGCGGACCUGGGAGCAGGCAGAGGACAGAUCUAGGCCACCGAGUCGAGGCGCCCACCUGUUUCCUGAGAGGCUGGAGAAUUUCCAAGGGGCAGGUGGAACCGAUGGUCCAUUAAGCCCUCUCCCUAAAUCCUACACUUUGGGGCAGCCCUUAAGGAAACCAGACCUUGGGGAUCGCCAGGCAGGAUUAGUGGCAGGAACUGAGAGAACAGAGCCUCACAGAGCUCGUCGGGGACCGUCCCCCAGUCAUAAGAGUGUCUCAAGGAAACAGUCUUCACCCAUAUCCCUCAAAGAUAGCUACCAGAGGGUCAGCCCUCUGAGCCCUUCUCAGUGUCGGAAAGACAAGUGUCAAAGCUUCCCCGCUCACCCCGAGUUUGCCUUCUAUGACAACACGUCAUUUGGCCUCACUGAGGCUGAGCAGAGGAUGCUGGACCUCCCAGGAUAUUUUGGGUCAAAUGAAGAGGAUGAAACCACGAGUACACUUAGCGUAGAGAAGCUGGUAAUCUAGACUGAGAGUCUGCCUGAGCUUUAUACAGCUGGGAUCUGCUACUCACCUUCUGUAGACUUUUGUGUAACUAUUUGUGCCAUAGGACAGAAUGUGAUGAGGAAGUAGCACACACAGAGGACGAUGUGUGUGUAUGCAUGUGUUUCAAGUCACAAGGAAGGAAUUAUUUAUCUUGAGCUUUUUCCUUUGUUAUUCAGUUUCUAUUGGUUUAUUACUAAUAACAAUGAUAAUAAAAUGUAAAC